GACUGCCAUUAAACUCAGGAAGAAGAAGUGAGGACCUUUAUUGAAGCAGGUUGUCAGCUUCACUUUCUAUUUCGAAAUAGUUACACCGCGCAUAAACAAGUUGUUUUUAAUAUUCUACUUGGUUGUUUCUCGACUUAAAAUGAGUGACUUCGUAAGCGCCUUGGUUUUAUUCGGGGCAGGAACCAGUUUCGCCUGCACGGGCUUGUUUCACCACUUAUACCGCGAGAAGAAGAAAGAGUUGCAGAAACUGAAGGAGAUACCGCUGUUCACCCCCGAUCAACGUUUGUCCGCGGUGUUGAAGUCUUCCCCCCGCAAGAGGCUGCACUAUGUUGCGGUGGAAGGUAUGGUCCAGGCAGACGAGGAGCCUCUUAGCAGCCAUUUUGUCCCCAAAUGCUUCGGCGUGCUUCAGAGGACAGUCUUCCAUGAACAUUCCCAAACCUGGAACACCCACACUAAAACAUGGCGCCCCCUGCUGGUCAACCGGAGAGAAACCAACAACGCCGUGCCUUUCUCCCUCGUCCGUCCCGGCUCCUACGUGGCGGACUUUGAGGUGAAGGUGGAGGACCCCUUGGCGGGCUCCGGGUACUUCCUGGAGCAGGUGCACCACCGCGUGAGGCGGGCCGAGGAGGGCGUGGCCAACGCGGUGCUGCGGGUCAUCGGCGGCGAGCGAGCGGUGGCGAUGGAGGAGAGCGAGGAGAUGCUGCGGGUGGGGAGCAGCCUGACUGUGUUCGGAGAGGUGCUGCUGGAGGGAGACCACGGGAGGGUGCGGGCGCCGCAAGAUGGCCGCCAGUACCUCCUGGUGCCCGGCAGCUACGAGAGUUACAUGGAGCGGCAUGAGAGAGCAGCCAGCAUGUGGAAGACGUUGACUGCGGUCACAGGCUUCGCCGGAGCGUCGUUGCUCGCCGCUGUUCUUUACAACAUGGCGGGAAGACGGGACGAGAGAUCCAAAUAGUGCCAGCAGUCCUGACUAGUGAUGUGCUGAUCGAUACUGAAUAAUGGAUACCGCCGAUACCAGAUCUUUAUGCUCUAAUAUCCAGUCUCAAAUCAAAAUACUGAUACUUUAGUUCAGGGGUGUACAAACUUUUUCCACCAGUAUGUGGGGACAUAUUGAUAUUUUUUUUAAUUAAAAAAAAAAAAAUCUAAAAAUAGACAUUAUUGGUGACCAAUCAUAUUAUUAUUGAUUAUUAGUUAGAACAUUUUAACUUUUUAUAAUUACAUACCAAUUUUUUUCUCACAUUUUUCCAGUUGUUUUUCCCCCCCCAAAAAUCUUCAAUUAAACAUUUAAUAGUGUUUAUUAUGGUUGUUGUAAUUUUCCAAAAUAACUAAAUAAGUUAGUAUUAUUUUAUUUAUUAAAUUAAUUUUAAAUAUAGUUUUUUUGAGUGCUUCUAACAUUUUAUAUCAGGAGUGUCUAAACUUUUAUUGAUAUUUUUGUAUUUUACAAAAAUACAUUAAAAAUAUACUUUGUAUUAGUGGUGACCAAUCAUAUCAUUAUUAAUUAUUAGUCAGAACAUUUUAGCUUUUUCUAAUUACAUACCAAUUUUAUUUGGUCUUUUUUCUCAAAUUUUCCCUGUUUUUUUUCCCACGUAAAAAUAAAAUAUUAAAUUAAUACUAACUGCGUAUCAUAGUGUGUCUCAAUUACAUAUUUAACUGUGUUAAUUAUGGUGGUGAUAAUUUUCCAAAUUAAUUAAAUAAGUUAGUAUUUUUUUUAUUAAAAUAAAUUUAAGUAUUGUUUAUUUUGAGAGCUUCUAACAUUUUAGUUCAGGGGUGUCUAAACUUUUUCCACCAAUGGGCCAUAUUGAUAUGUUCCUAUUUUAAAAAAAUGCUAAAAAUAGACUUUGUAUUAGUGGUGACCAAUCAUAUCAUUAUUAAUUAUUAGUUAGAACAUUUUAGCUUUUUCUAAUUACAUACCAAUUUUUUGGGUCUUUUUUCUUGAGUUUUACCUGUUUUCCUGUUUUUUUUCCCCACGUAAAACUAAAAUAAUGUUAAAAAAAAUAUUAACUGCAUACCGUAGUGUGUCAAAAAAUAAUUUUCAAUUACAUAUUUAACAGUGUUAAUUAUGGUUGUUGGAAUUUCCCAAAUUUUUUUGGUCUUUUUUCUUGAAUUUUUCCUGUUUUUUUCCCCCACGUAAAAAUAAAAUAAUAUUAAAGAAAUAUUAACUGCAUACCGUAGUGUGUCAAAAAAUAAUUUUCAAUUACAUAUUUAACAGUGUUAAUUAUGGUUGUUGGAAUUUUCCAAAUUUUUUUGGUCUUUUUUCUUAAAUUUUUCCUGUUUUUUUCCCCACCGUAGUGUGUCAGAAAAUAAUUUUCAAUUACAUAUUUAGCAGUGUUUAUUAUGGUGGUUGUAAUUUUCCAAAUUAAUAAGUUAGUAUUAUUUUUUAAAUUAAAUUAAAGUAUUGUGUAUUUUGAGAGCUUCUAACAUUUUAGUUCAGGAGUGUCCUAACUUUUUUCACCCAAGGCCGCCUACUGAAAAGUAUGUGGGGCCAUAUUGAUAUUUUUGUAUUUAAAAAAAUGCUAAAAAUAUACUUUGUAUUAGUGGUGACCAAUGAUAUUAUUAUUAAUUAUUAUUAGUUAGAACAUUUUAGCUUUUUCUAAUUACAUACCAAUUUUUUGGGUCUUUUUCAUAAAGUUUUCCUUUUUUUUCCCCACGUAAAAAUAAAAUAAUAUUAAAUAAAUAUUAAGUGCAUACAUUAGUGUGUCAAAAAAUAAUCUUCAAUUACAUAUUUAACAGUGUUAAUUAUGGUUGUUGUAAUUUUCCAAAUUAAUUAAAUAAGUUAGUUUUAUUUUUUUUAUUAAAUUAAAUUUAAGUAUUGUUUAUUUUGAGAGCUUCUAACAUUUUAGUUCAGGGGUGUCUAAACUUUUUCCACCAGGGGCCACAUACUGAAAAGUCAAAAGUAUCCGAGGCCAUAUUGAUAUUUUACAAAAAAACUCUAAAAAUAGACUUUGUAUUAGUGGUGACCAAUCAUAUUAUUAUUAAUUAUUAGUUAGAAAAUUCUAGCUUUUUCUAAUUACAUACCAAUUAUUUUUUCUUACAUUUUUCCUUGUUUUUCCCCAUGUAAAAAUAAAAUGUUAAUAAUAUGAUUGUGUGUCAAAAAAUACUCUUCAGUUACACAUUUAACAGUGUUUAUUAUGGUAGUAUAAGUUUUUUUUUUUAAAUUAAAUAAAAUUUAAAUAGUUUGUUUUGGUGACCAAUCAUAUUAUUAUUAAUUAUUAGAACAUUUUAGCUUUUUCUAAUUACACACCAAUUUUUUUUCUCUUUUUUCUUACAUGUUCCUGUUGUUUUUCCCCUUGUAAAAAUAAAAUAAUAUAAAUAAUAUGAUUGCCUAACUGCAUACAAUAGUGUGUCAAAAAUGGUUGUUGUAAUCUUACAAAUUAAUUUAAUAAGUUAGUAUUAUUUUUUUAAUUAAAUAAAAUUCAAGCAUUGUUUAUUUUGAGAGCUUCCAACAUUUUAGUUCAGGGGUGUCUAAACUUUUUCCACCAAGGGCCACAUACUGAAAAGUCAAGUAUGGGGGGCUGUUUUUGUUUUGAAAAAAAAAAAAAAUGCUAAAAACAGAUAUAUAGAUUUACAGAACAAACUUUGUGAUACAGAUAAUAACUACGAUUAUUAUUAGUAGUAAAAAAAAAAUAGAUUUUUAUCCUUAUUCUAAUUUUUCUUCAAUGUUCUAACAUUUUACUGUUUAUUUUAGAUGGAUACGUUUUUUUAAAAAUACACAACUCAUUAAAUUUUAGCAGACAGAUUAGGUAUACAUGCACAAGGUAUCGAUAUCGGUUCAGUAUCGCCAAUACCAGCUUGAAUAUUACUUGUUAUCGGAUCAGAAAGAAAAUCAGCGGUAUCUCACAUCACUAGUCUUGACUCAAAAAAAUGCCUUUUUUUUUCUACUUUAUGUAUCAACACUACAAAUAUGCAUGGUCUGAAUAAGUCAGUCUUAAAUUUUUUCUAAAUAAUCCACUCUGGGAUAAAUCUAGUGUGCAAGAACUCGAGUCCUGACAUGUUUGAAAUGAGAUCGGACAGAAAAUUGUGACCUCUGACCUAAUUAAUGUAUGAACAAACUCCCUCCGAAGGCUUUACUAAACACUGGAAUUUACGGAACAUGUCCUUUUUUUAUUAGGUGUACUAUGGAGACCCCAAUACUUUUAGCCAUUUCAUUGAAUUAUAUAGAAUUAUAUUAUUUUAUUUUAUUUUUUAAAAUCAAAUCAGAUGAAAAAUAAAAGCGGGUGACGGGAAAUAUUAAGUACUUUUUAUUUUUUGGAUGGGAUUCAUUGGUUUACGCAAUGAUUGGUGAUUAAAUACAAGUCAAAUAUUAAAGCUGCAAGCAGCGAUAGACGGGACCAACUUUAGCUGGUGAUUCCUGCCUUUACCCAGUCAACAUAUCUUUACCUGCACAGUACCUACCUUCUCUGCAUUGUGUGGUCACGCUGGUGCUUCCUGCUUUUAAGCGGCCAUCUUGAGACGGCAGCAGCGCAGCAGCAUCAGCGCAGCGGUUCUUUGAAGGCUAGUAAAAUCAAAACCGGAGCAGUUAUUAAAACUCUUUUCGCAACUUUUAAUCAGAAGGGUUCACUCUCUCUCCUGUGCGAGUUUGAAGCCGACACAACAAACGCGCUCAGAGGAGAUACUGUUUGAAAAAAAGUGACAGGUUUUUUACAAAACUCUUGUUUUGAAGGCGUAAUUGCCAACUUCCUGUUGAUUUUUGCUGUAGGAUUAAAAUGUAGGUCUAAGUGAGACCUACAUAGAGGUUUUUGUUUCAUGUCUCUACGACAUUCCUACCGGGAGUUACAAGCAGUUUUGUCUGUGUUUUUCUUCCUAGGAGAAGUUUUGUCUGUGUUUUUUUCCUAGGGGCGUUAGAGCGCAAUUUUGAGUUUUGGGGUUUGUUUUUUUAAUUAAAUCACAAUGUUCGCCAAUCCUGAUGUGUGUGUUAAAUUUGGUGAGUUUUGAAGGAUUUUAAGGGGGUCAAAUUACAGCUCAAAGAGACAAAAACAAAACAUUUUGGGAAACUUUUGUUUUGAAGGCGUUUUUGCCAACUUCCUGUUGAAUUUUGCUGAAGGAUGUCAGUUUAUGAAAUCUAGGUCUAAGUGAGACCCACAGAGGUUUUUGUUUCAUGUCUCUACGACAUUCGUAACGGAAGUUACAAGCAGUUUUGUUUGUGUUUUUUCCUAGGGGGCGCUAGAGCGCAAUUUUGAGUUUUGGGUUUGUUUUUUAUUAAAUCACAAUGUUCGCCAGUCCUGUUGUGUGUGUUAAAUUUGGUGAGUUUUGAAGCAUUUUAAAGGGGGUCAAAUUACAGCUCAAAGAGGCAAAAAUGAAAUUUUUGGGGGAAAACUUUUGUUUUGAAGGGUUUUUUUCCAACUUCCUGUUGAAUUAUGCUGAAGGAUGUCAGUUUAUGAAAUAUAGGUCUAAGUGAGACCCACAGAGGUUUUUGUUCCAUGUCUCUACGACAUUCCUAAUGGAAGUUACAAGCAGUUUUGUUUGUGUUUUUUCCUAUUUGUCAAAUUUGGUGAGUUUUGAAGCAUGUUAAGGGGGUCAAAUUACUGCUCAAAGAGGCGGCGGUAUAAUAAUAAUAAUAAAACCUUAGAAAUACGAUAGCUCCCUCUGUCCCAAAGGGACAUUUGGUCCCUAAUUAAUAGCAAUGUGACGAAAUGUGAAUUUAAAACAUUGUGAUUUGCUGUUUUGUCAGUCAUAAAAGGAAAUUGCUGAUAAGGGAUUAUUGUGACCGGUGCAUUUUAACAUUGUAAACAUAAAAAUGGUUGUUUUUACCCCAA